GAAAGAGGAAUAGAGACAGGCACAGGGACCGAGACAGCGGGAGACACCGAGACCCGAGCAGAGACAGGGAAAGCAGAGCAGCAAAAGAGAUGUUGAGCCGCUGCCGAUAAUUUCUGCCGAUGUUGGUCACCAAGAAACAACGCAAGUCGAGAAGGCAGCCCUGCCAUAUUCUAGCAGCGAUGGCUGACAAGCAGCGAAGGCAUGAGAAGGAAGAGGGAGGGGAGGGCGAGCGCGGACAGGAGAUCGAGAGAACACUCAGAGGGGGGGGGGCACCAGCUGUGGGCGGCAGCGGGCUGCUCGUGGCGCAGGAACUGCCCGCGAGGGCCAGCAGCGGCGGCAGCUGCACAGGAGAAGCGCAGGCCGAGCCAGGCGAGGACACUCGAGAACACAACAGCGCCACGCCUACUAGAGGGGUUGGCCGCAGGUCAGCAUACAGCCCACGAUGGGUCCGACGAGGAGCGGCUGAGGCCGCGGCGACGCGCGGAGCGAGAGGAGACAGCGGGGGAGCCGCCAACAGACUCGAGCUCGCCGGCCUGCCUGCCGCUCUUUGACGUUCCCGGCGUGCACUCUGACGGUCCCGUUCUCGUGGGACCGUCAGAGCCCAGACCAGGCCCUGUCGCGGCACUGAAGAUCAUGUCGGGCAAGACUCGAGUCCCCCAAGCUGGAGCCUCGCUCGUGGGCGGGGAACACGUACCGCGCGGGCGUGUAUAUGGACGCGCUCGCCGCUCGCGACUCACGCCUCCCCGAAACAGGACGAGCAGCGCGAGGCAGACCACCAGUGAGAAAAAGGCCCCCUGUCCGGCGCUGCACGGCAGCAGGGCGAGCAAGCGGCCUGGGAGGCGUUCAUGCGGGAACGACACCGCGCUGCACGGCAUCCUUCCUCUCCGUCC